GGCAACCCAGCUCUUCGGCAACAUUGAUAAAGAGGCUCAGGCGGAGUAACGUUACUGUCUAGUGGAUCCUGGAACCUCAUGCGUUAUGGAGAAAGCUUCCCAGUUGAAAGAUCAGGGAAACAAGGCGCUCAGCGCAGGAAAUUUGGAUGAAGCAGUAAAGUGCUACACAGAGGCCAUGACAUUAGACCCAUCGAGUCACGUCCUCUUCAGCAACCGCUCUGCUGCCUAUGCCAAGAAGGGGGAUUACGACAAUGCCCUGAAAGAUGCCUGCCAAACCAUAAAGAUCAAACCAGACUGGGGAAAGGGAUACUCAAGAAAAGCUGCUGCAUUAGAGUUUCUUGGGCGACUUGAAGAUGCCAAAUCAACCUAUCAGGAGGGGUUACGUCAGGAGCCAGCAAAUCAGCAGCUUAAAGAGGGACUUCAGAAUAUUGAGGCACGGUUAGCAGAGAGGAAGAUGAACCCAUUUUCUGUUCCUAACUUGUAUGAGAAGUUGGAGGCUGACUCUCGAACACGGGGGAUGCUUUCUGACCCCAGCUACAAGGAGCUGCUGGAACAGCUCAGAAAUAAACCUUCGGAUCUUGGGACGAAACUGCAAGACCCCAGGGUCAUGACCACCCUCUCAGUCCUGCUUGGUCUGGAUCUGUCUGGCAUGGAUGAAGAGGAGGAACCAACUCCGCCCCCUCCUCGUAACCCCAAGGAGACGGCUCCACCCCCUCCCAAAGAGGAAGAUCUGCCUGAAAACAAGAGAAUGGCCUCGAAGGAAAAGGAGCUGGGAAAUUCAGCAUAUAAGAACAGGGAUUUUGCGGCAGCUUUGAAACACUAUGAAGAGGCUCUAAAGAAUGAUCCUACCAACAUGACCUAUCUGUCAAAUCAAGCGGCUGUGUAUUUUGAAAUGGGGGAGUUUGAUCAGUGCAGAAACCUUUGUGAGAAGGCCAUUGAGGUGGGCAGAGAGAACCGAGAGGACUACAGACAGAUCGCUAAGGCAUAUGCCAGGAUUGGAAACUCCUACUUUAAGCAGGAGAAGUAUAAAGAAGCUGUCCAGUUCUUUAAUAAGAGUCUAACAGAGCAUCGCACACCUGACGUUCUAAAGAAAUGCCAACAGGCAGAGAAGAUCUUGAAAGAACAGGAGAAACAUGCCUACAUCAAUCCCGAUUUGGCACUGGAAGAGAAGAAUAAGGGCAAUGAUGCCUUUCAGAAGGGUGUGUUUGAUUGUGAGGAGUGCAUCAAACUGGACCCUAACUUCAUAAAGGGUUACACACGCAAGGGAGCAGCACUGGAGGCGAUGAAGGACUUCUCAAAAGCAAUCGAUGUGUAUCAGAAAGCGCUUGAGCUCGACUCCAACUCGAAGGAGGCCACUGAGGGUCUGCAGCGUUGUAUGAUGAGCCAGACGAUGCGUAACGACAGCCCUGAGGAUGUAAAACGAAGGGCUAUGUCUGACCCAGAGGUGCAGCAGAUCAUGAGUGAUCCUGCCAUGCGCAUGAUCUUGGAGCAGAUGCAGAAAGAUCCACAGGCCCUCAGCGAUCAUCUAAAGAACCCUGUCAUCGCUCAGAAAAUUCAGAAACUGAUAGAUGUUGGGCUAAUAGCCAUACGGUGA